AUGAUACUACAGAAAAGACUAGAUUAUAUUCGAAAAUGUAUAGUAGCACAGGGUGAGUCAUCAAAUAACCGUCAAUAUAAUUUGAACUCAUCCGAAAAUCUUGAUACUAUCUUAGAUGAACAAGGCCCUGGCUACAUCGAAUGUUUAGAAAAUGUUGAUUUCGCAUGCGAAUCUGAUCCAAAUGAUCAUAGUAUUCUAGUAUCCAAUGCUAUUGAAAAUUGUUUGAACAAUGAUGCAAAUGUUACUGAUAUUAAUGGCAUAUCUAACACUGAAGAUCUAAGUGAAGCCGAUAAAAGUGAUGAACCCGAUUUCGAUUCAGAUGACAGCGUUAAAGAUCCAAACUUUAGACAUAGAUCAGCGUCAAUAUCAUCAACGGAUUCAAGUUCAUCUUCUAGCUCCAGCUCCUCCAAUUCCAGUUCAUCAUCAUCAGCUUCUAGUACACGCUCACAUUCCGCCCACCGCGAAAACAUUCCACCUGCAUUACACGUCUCUAGCAUCGAAGUCAUUCCACCUGCAGACUCUCAGGUUGAAAACUUAGAUUUGAACAAAAAAACUCACACGUAA